UAUUCGUUUUUUCUAUUUUUGAGAGAACUAUAUUCGCAUUCGAGAAGUCUAUCUCUUGUGAAAAAAAAUAAGAAAAUGUCUCCACAAGACCCUGUUUAUUCACAAAACGAUCCACUGUUGUUAGGCAAUUCAAAUAGGUCACGAUCAAGUGUUCCUUGGAAAGCCACCGCUAAGAUAGCUACAGUUUUCAUUGGAAUCCUUUUCAUUACAUCGCCAAUUGUUUUCGGGUUGACCGGAGUUGUUGGCAAAAAUAAUGAACACCAACACAGCUCUCUUGCAAAUGAAACAUCAUGGAAUAAUGCAACAGAAUAUGCUAACCUCAAAAACCAUUCGACAUCCUUCACAGAAAUGAAAAAGUCUCUUAUACUGAAUCAAAAUAAGAAUGGAACAGUCGCAGAUUACGCAACUUUUGAGUACAACGUUACGAGCGACGAGUACCUACGGCUCAACGAUGAUGGAACUAAAAUUCAACCAUGGAUCGUGAAGAAUAUAGAGCGAAAAGUCAAGUUUUAUUAUUUCGAAAGUAUAUCCGCCAUUGAACAGACUGCAUUUAUACACAAGAUAGAACCAAACGAGGACGGAGUGAUUUAUUGGAAAUUUGAAUUGGUGGACACUCCUGAAAUGUUUGUAAAUCAAGUAACAAUUACCAUGAAGUACCUGUAUAAAAUCAUCAACAACAAAGGAAAAGCAGAAAUGUGUAUCGAUGAUUCUUUAAAGAACUGCUCGGAUCUUCCGAAAGAUGACGAAUUGAUGAUUUUUCAUCCAAAAUUCAAAACGUUUUUCAUUGGCAUCAAGAUGUUCAAGAGAGAAGAUUUUCCAGAAACCGGUUGGUGGGACACAAGCGAAAUGGGCAGUUUUUCCGUGAAAGUCGGAUCUCAGAAACGAUUUUAUACCAAUCUCUACACAGAAACUGGAGGCAUAGUUGAGGCCGCUCCCCGUUCCCCAUCUAGCUUCGACGAAAAGUUAAAAUACAUAGUUGGAAUUAACAACUUUAACAUGAUCCAAAACUUUUAUAGUCAUCCUUGCUCCUUUAAAAAUUUCGCACAGGAAAAAGAUUUCUUGUUGGGAAUCGGCUAUUUAAAGAAGAUAAUUCCGGAUGAGGAUGCUUGGAUUUACUGGAAUAUAAAUAUGCAUGAUGAUAAAAAACAAUUAAUGCAUUUACAAAUUGAAAUAUUACAAAUGCAAGAGAUUGUCAAUCAUGGAGGAAUAGCUGAAUUCUGUCCAAAUUCUCUAGAUAAUUGCAUGGAUAUUCCGACUAAUGGUAGCUUACAAUUUGAGAAGCCACCAUUUGAUAAAUUCUUCAUUGGUAUUAAAAUGCUCAACAAUAUGACAACUAAUCAUACCAAUCUGCCAAAGAUAGACAAUGUGGGCAGUUUUAAUGUUAACGGCCAUUGGAGGCUAAUUCGCCGUCGUGAAAAGUUUGAAAGACAGACCGAGCCCAUUCAAUUAAUUCCGGAAUCCGGACAAAACUACAUAAAAUUCACGUACGACGUUAUCAACAAUGUCUAUUCGCACAAAAAUGAAGAUGGGUCAGACAUUUUACCAACGGAUGUUCAGUCCAUUGAAAGAAUAGUAGACGAUGGCAACAAUGAAGCAUUCAUACAGCAAGAAUGGCCUGAUGAGUCGACUGGUUAUAUACAUUGGGUGUUCAAAUUGAAAAACAAUGGGAAAUCCGUAAAAAAAGUGGUGAUCAAAAUGGAGGGAAUAGACGAUAUUUUGAAGGAAGACGCAGGAAUUAUUGAAGCUUGUUCAAACUAUAACAUAAAUUGCACAAAUAUUCCGACAAACAAAAGUUUGAUAAUGGAGUAUCCAGUUGAUAUGCUAUACAUAAAUGUUGUUCUUGUCGAGAAUAUAAGACUCUUUAAAACCGAUGUCAAGGAUAGAAUGAAUGUGGAAACGUUUUCAAUUGAAGUUUACUGGCAAGAAACUCCUGAAACUUCCACAGCAACUACGGAUGUUUCUCAAAUGACAACUACGCCUAGAAGCAUUGAAACAACUACACCUUCAACUUCAAAUGACACUGAAUCCAAUCAAGAUGUAAUCUCAACGCCAUUACUAGCUUGGCGGCAAGGGCAUAUCGAUUUGGGACGAAUAUCAAGAGAAAACCAUGUGAAAUUCACGUACGAUGUCAUGAGGGACACGUAUUCACACACUCAGCUGAAUGGAUCUUCAUAUGUACCGUAUAAUGUUGCCAAUAUUGAACGAGUAGUGGAUAAGCGACUGAAUCAAGUUUAUUUACAUAGGAACGAUUCAAAAAAAGAUACUUAUUUAAAUUGGGUAUUCGAUAUGACGAUCGAUGGGAAAGUUGUAGACAAAUUGACAAUUAAAGUACCCGGAAUGGAACAACAACAACUGGGCAUUAGAGCGUCAUUAGAAAUUUGUCUAAUUUAUGGAUACGAGAAGUGCAUCGCGAUUCCGAUUAGCGGAGGAUUGACGAUUGAGUAUCCUCAAUUCUCUAUUUUCAAGAUUGCAUACACAUGCUACGAAAAUAAGGAAGACAACACGGAUCUGAUACUUUUCAAAUCUGAACUGAAGGAAGGACUCAAUGUGGAAAGUCUCUCAGUCGAAGUCAACUGGACUACCAAAGGACCACUCACCAACCAAACUACACUGCCAACCUGAUUGUUGAUAUAUAAGAUUGGCUUCGUCAAACAAUAAUGUUUAUUUUAUUUUCAUUCAAAAUUGACAAUCAAACAAAUAAAUGGCAGUUUACCAGCUUUGAAUUAUCAUGAUUUGUUGUGUUGAAAAUGUGGAAGCUAAAUAAAACCUAUUUUU